UUUUGGAGGAGUGAGGAGGCAGAAACUGCAUGAGAGGGACACAGCUCGGAGGUUACUCAAGUCUCUCCAUCUCGUGCAGUAGACCGGGACUCGUGCAGCAUUUGCAGCUCUGCCUGUGCAUAUGGCUUCGGCUGUAUGAUAUUUGUAUGAUAAAGCACUGAAGUGGAGAUAACGGGUGAGAAACAUGAACGCGCUGCGCGUUAUAGUGCCGCUGUUUAUUCUCUGCACCGCGACGACGCAAGCAGCCAAUGUUGUUGAUGUCUUGCGGAUACUGGAGCUGUCUGAAGACAUGGAGGGCGUGUCGAUAGAAGCCGGCUUGUGUACUCAAAGAAAUGACACAGGAGAGACAGACGUGGCUUACAGGAUAAACAAAAAGAUUCAACUCAGUGCCCCAACCAAACAGCUCUUUCCAGAUUCAGAGUUCCCGGAGAACUUCUCUCUGAUGACCACGGUGAAGGCUAAGAAGAACUCGCAGUUCUUUCUGCUGUCACUGUAUGAUGAGCAGGGAGUUCAGCAGCUGGGUCUGGAGAUGGGAAGAUCACCUGUAUUCCUCUAUGAGGAUCACGAAGGCCAACCAUCUCCAGAGCUUUACCCCCUUUUUAAGAAGAUUAACCUGGCUGAUGGAAAGUGGCAUCGGAUAGCCUACAGCGUGGAGGACAAGUCUGUAACAUUAUAUCUGGAUUGUAAUAAAGUGCAGACCCUGGAGCUGAUGCGAGGUGACGCACCUGUCGUCAGCACGAAAGGAGUCGUCGUGUUUGGGACUCGAUUGCUAGAUGAGGAAGUAUUUGAGGGUGAGAUCCAGCAGCUAUUGUUUGUGGAUGAUCCUCAGACUGCAGCCGACUAUUGCCAACACUAUAUUCCUGAUUGUGACAGUCCACUGCCAUACAAAACCCAGAGUCUGGAGCCUGAAGAGGCCAAUCCUAUUCAUAACCUUGAUGGCGUCAUGCAGAGCGACGAGCCUGAGGAACCAAAGAAACGCUCCAAAAAGAAGGGAAAGGGCAAAAAGAACAAGAAAAAAAGGGACAAAUCUUCUAAGAAAGGGGGCAAAAAGGAAUCCCGCAAGAAGAAGACCCAGUCAGAACCACUUGAAGAAGGUUUCCUCGAGGUGUCCUCUAAACUGCCUGACUACUUGGCCCAGGAAAGUAAACGUGAAGUCUUAACAGCUACAUCAGAGACGCCCACGGCACCUGCAACGGAGCAACCCAAAGCAUCAGUAGAAACUCCAGCAAUAACCGUCGAUCAGAUGGCCUCCAUUCCCGAGAUGCCCACACAUGAACCGGACACCUAUGAGGAGCAACCCACCGGACUGCCCGUUACAGUGCCUGAGUCAAAUCUUGAAGAAUUUUCUGUAUCACCUCCUGCACUUCCCGAGUCCCCAAAGAUGGAGGUGGAGGAGGAGAGGCCAAUUAAAACGCCGGAGGUCGAGGAGUUUAGCGACGACCUUUACAGCGAUCAGCGCGAUGAACUUUCGGUCUCCACGGUGACGGUCGGCCACAAUAUCACGGAUUAUGAGACCUUCGAGUACGAUGAUUUUAAAAACGACUCGGACAGCACCGAGCGGGAAUAUGAGGAGUACGAGGUUUACGAGGACCGUUUUGGACCUGCACAGAGAGAGAGGGCCAUUACAUGGGAUGGAGAGGGCAGAAGAUUCGAAAAGGGGCAGAAGGGAGAGCCAGCUGUUGUUGAACCAGGCGCAUAUUUUUACGGACCUAUUGGCCCACCAGGACCAACAGGCCUUCCUGGCAUUCCUGGCAUCACAGGGCCCCCAGGACCCAGCGGAGACCCCGGUGACACGGGUCCUCAGGGGCGUCCAGGCCUGCCUGGUGCUGAUGGGAUACCAGGUCCUCCCGGCACUUUGCUGAUGUUACCCUUUCAGUAUGGAGGAGACUCUCAGAAGGGUCCUGCGGUGUCUGCUCAGGAGGCACAAGCUCAAGCCAUUUUGCAACAGACCAAACUAUCAUUGAGGGGCCCUACGGGUCCAUUAGGUCUCACCGGGAGACCCGGCCCAAUGGGUCUUCCAGGUCCCAGUGGGCAAAAAGGUGACAGUGGAGAAAGUGGGCCUCCGGGUUCACGUGGGUUGCCAGGCCCUCCAGGUCCUAAUGGGAGAACAGGAAAGAUGGGCCGGUCAGGGGCAGAUGGAGGUCGAGGGGCUCCUGGAGAGACUGGAGCAAAGGGUGACAGGGGCUUUGAUGGACUACCUGGACUUCCGGGGGACAAAGGACAUCGAGGAGACAGAGGAAAACCUGGACCCCAUGGUCCAGCCGGAGAGCCUGGUCAGAAGGGCUCGGACGGACCCGUAGGACCGAGUGGACAAGCGGGAGAACCUGGGCCAAGAGGACUUGUGGGACCGAGGGGGCCGCCAGGUCCACCUGGGCACCAGGGAGUUCAAGGCAUGGAUGGAAUGCAAGGAGCAAAGGGCGACUUGGGACCACAAGGUGAACCGGGACCUCCGGGUCAACAGGGGAACCCAGGCGUACAGGGCUUCCCUGGUCCACAAGGUCCGAUAGGACUGCCAGGAGAGAAGGGCCCUCAGGGAAAAGCUGGAAUGCAGGGACUUCCAGGGAUUGAUGGUCCUCCAGGUCACCCAGGAAGAGAGGGACCCCCGGGAGAAAAGGGACACCAGGGUUUAUCGGGAGCGCAGGGGCCGGUUGGAUAUCCGGGGCCUCGUGGAGUUAAGGGUGCAGAUGGUGUGAGAGGACUGAAGGGUAGCAAGGGGGAAAAGGGCGAAGAUGGUUUCCCAGGGGCAAAGGGUGACAUGGGCACCAAAGGAGACAGAGGUGAUAACGGUCCUCCUGGAAAUCGUGGUGAAGAUGGGCCAGAGGGGCUGAAGGGUCAGUCAGGGCCCCUCGGAGAGGCUGGAUCUGCGGGCAUUGCCGGAGAAAAAGGAAAACUCGGCGUUCCGGGAUUGCCUGGAUAUCCGGGCAGGCAGGGCACCAAGGGAUCGGUGGGCUUUCCUGGAACAGCUGGGUUGCCGGGAGAGAAAGGAAAGCGGGGGCCUGCUGGACAAUCUGGUCCCGAGGGUGAAAGAGGUCCAAAUGGUUCACGUGGAGGAAGAGGAGCCAGAGGACCAACAGGGAAGCCUGGACCCAAGGGCUCUUCUGGUCAUGACGGCUCACAGGGUCCUUCAGGAGAGAGGGGCCCCCAAGGGCCUCAGGGACGCGAAGGGGAGGCUGGGCCAAAGGGACCAAAUGGCCCUCCAGGAAAGGAUGGGUUGCCAGGUCAUCCAGGCCAGCGGGGAGAGCCAGGAUUUCAAGGAAAGACCGGUCCUCCCGGCCCUGCUGGAGUGGUUGGACCACAGGGAAAAACUGGUGAAACCGGUCCCAUGGGUGAAAGAGGACACCCAGGUGCCCCGGGACCCCCUGGAGAGCAAGGUCUGCCAGGAUCGGCCGGCAAAGAGGGAUCCAAGGGAGAUCCGGGUCCUGCAGGGGUACCUGGGAAGAGCGGUCCUGCAGGCCGGCGUGGAUUCGGAGGAGAAAGAGGCUUACCUGGCACUCCGGGUGCUGCCGGUCUAAAGGGUGGAGAGGGCCCUCCUGGUGUUGCAGGACAGAUUGGUGCCACAGGAGAGAGAGGACCCGCCGGUCCUGCAGGUGCCAUUGGUCAGCCCGGUCGCGCGGGAGGCGUCGGCCCACACGGUCCAAUGGGAGAGAAGGGCGAACCGGGUGAGAAAGGUCCUAUUGGGCCUGCCGGAAGAGAUGGAGAACAGGGACCUGUGGGAUUACCUGGAGCUGCAGGACCACCUGGACCACCUGGAGAGGACGGUGAUAAGGGUGAGCCUGGAGGACCAGGACAGAAAGGCAGCAAGGGAGACAAGGGAGAGUUGGGACCCCCAGGGCCAACCGGGAUCCAAGGCCCACCCGGACAGCCAGGAUUACAGGGUCAAGAUGGAGAGCCAGGGCCCCGGGGACAGCAAGGAAUGUUUGGACCGAAAGGAGAUGAAGGGCCACGAGGUUUUAAGGGGGCUGAUGGGCCACCAGGGUUACAGGGAAUGCCAGGACCUCCUGGAGAGAAGGGAGAGAGCGGCCAUGUUGGAUCUUUGGGCCCUCCAGGACAACACGGUCCACGCGGCCCCCAGGGAGCGAUCGGUGGACAGGGUCCUCAAGGCAUGCCGGGCGGAGUAGGCCAGCCGGGAGUGGUGGGAGAAAAGGGUGAAGAUGGAGAGGCAGGGAGCCCUGGAAAUCCGGGCGAAACUGGUCCCCCUGGAGGGAAAGGUGAGGUUGGGGAGAAAGGUGAUACUGGUCCUCCUGGUGCCUCAGGACCACCUGGAAUCCGAGGUGUACCUGGAGCGGAUGGGUCCAAAGGACUCCCGGGUCCUAUUGGAUUCCCUGGAGACCUAGGAGCCCCUGGAGAGCCGGGUGCUAAUGGUAUUGAUGGUGAACCUGGAGCCAAAGGAGAUAAUGGAGAGCCUGGUAAACCUGGACCCGAAGGAGCAUCAGGAGAGCCUGGCCCUCCAGGACCACCUGGACGGAGAGGUCAUGUAGGUCCUGAGGGAAAAGAAGGAAAACAGGGAAAGAAAGGCGCAAAGGGUACUGGUGGUACUGAAGGUCCAAUGGGUAAGACGGGACCUGUGGGGCCUCAAGGACGCCCUGGAAAUGCCGGUCCAGAGGGACUACCUGGAAUUCCAGGCCCUGCUGGGGAGCAAGGGUUAAACGGGCCCCCGGGCCAAACGGGACCUCCCGGACCUAUGGGGCCAGCUGGAUUACCCGGACUGAAAGGAGAUCAUGGCACUAAGGGGGAUAAGGGUCACGGUGGACUGAUUGGAUUAAUUGGACAUCCAGGAGAAAUGGGAGAAAAAGGCGAUCGGGGUCUGCCAGGACUUCAGGGAGUACAGGGCCCUAAAGGAGACGGUGGUGUUUCUGGUCCUCCUGGUCCUAAUGGCCCUCCUGGAACCCCUGGAUUAGCUGGUGCGAUUGGUGAGAAAGGAUCUAAAGGAGAUGAGGGAGUCGUCGGUCCGAGAGGAGAUCCAGGACUUGCUGGACCACCCGGACCACCCGGUCCUCCAGCCACCAUAAUCGAACCACUGCCAAUCAGAGAGGGCCGUAAAAAGCGAAGGAGAAACUCAAACAGACAGGGCGGCGGAGCCAGAGCAGAGUCCGAGGAGGAAGAAGCGGUUCAGCUGAACAUGGAGGACUACCUACAGGCAGAUGAACCUCUGGAUGACCCAGAGGGCAUGGAGGAGGUGUUCGCUUCACUCAACUCCAUGAAAACAGAGGUGGAGCUCAUGAGGAAACCGCUCGGCACUUUCGAGAGUCCCGCCCGCACUUGCAAAGAGCUCAUGGUGUGUCAUCCGGAAUAUAAAGAUGGUGAAUAUUGGAUCGAUCCGAAUCAAGGCUGCCAUCGAGACUCCAUCAGGGUGUUUUGCAACUUCACCUCAGAGGGGGAGACCUGCCUGCACCCCGACAAGCGAUUUGAAACGGUGAAGCUGGCUGCUUGGAACAAAGAAAAACCGGGCAGUUGGUACAGCCAGUAUAGAAAGGGCAAGCAGUUCUCCUACAUCGAUGCUGACGGAAACCCUGUGCCCGUGGUCCAGCUGACCUUCCUGAAGCUCCUGAGUGCCACAGGCAGGCAGACCUUCACCUACACCUGCCAGAACUCCAUCGGCUGGUACGACCUGACGAGUCACGGCCACCAGCAUGCCGUACGCUUCCGUGGAAGCAACGACGAGGAGAUGACGCAAGCCAAAUCCCCCUUCAUCACAUCACUGUACGAUGGUUGUCAGACGCGAAAGGGUCAAGAAAGGACAGUGCUGCAGAUCGACUCUCCUCGAUCAGAGCUGCUGCCGGUCGUGGAUGUGGCCGUAUCAGACUUUGGGAGUAACAACCAGAAAUUUGGAUUCCAUCUUGGACCAGUGUGUUUUAAUGGGUAACACCAAACACCUCAUCACAGGACUGAAGAAUGAAAGCCAUGAGCUACAGUAUAUUUAUUAUGUAUGUAAUAAGUGGGUGUUUAUAAUGACUUUUGAACAUCGAAUUGAACCCACUAUUAACCCACGUGGCUAUUCAAGGGUGCUAGCCUCACGUUUCUCAAAGGGAAGUCUUUCAUCUUUUUAAUUUUUCUUUUGUUAUCAUUUUUUUGCUUUAUACUCACCUGUGGAUUCAUUUACGAGGCGUGAACCCACCACAGUUCAAAGAACUGCUUCGAGCACGACGUGGAAAAACACGGCGGUUCAAAUUUUUUUAUCUGUGCUACAGACCUUUGUAGCCCACGGCGUAGUUGUUGGAUUUCCACACAUAUCUUGUUUAUUUGUCUUAUUCGAUAGCGAUGAUUUUGAAUUAAUUUGCCACUCGAGGGAUCGGCAUCACCACUGAAGAGUAGAUAUUUUUCUAAACCCCAUUUUCCUGCCUCGACUGCAACAAGAUGCCAGCGGAGGCAAACUUAUACCUCUUCACCAGUUUUGACAAGAAAAUACGCCCGGUCUGUUUGUAAUUCUCAGCUCGAAUAUUUUGUGUCACAUCAAACUUGCAGUGUUACUCAUCUUUAAUCAGUGUACGCGCAUGCAUAAACAAUGCUAAAUAAGGCCGCAGCUUCUCGAAACGCAGGACUCUAAUGGAGCCCAGCUGCUUAUUAAUAUGUAAAGUAGUGCGCUCACUUAAGCUGUUUGUCUUGUUAGCGGGCCGUCUAGUAUGUUUGCCUGUCAGUAAUCCAUGUUUUGGUGGUGCUAGCCUAUCAACUGUACUGAGUUGCUUCAUAUGUAUCUGGUAAUGAAUGCGAAUUACAUUGUUGGAUGUGAGCAACGGGUGUCAUACUAACAUUAGGCGCCAAUCACACCAAAUGCGUUUUAAACGCAGAAACUUUAAAAAGAGGACGCUU